CGGCGCGCACACACCGAAUUCACGACAAUAUACGUAUCUCAGUGGUACAAUUGUAUGUGAGGUUUUUAGCGUGAACAAAAUACAUGUAAUAUUCGAAGAAUAAAGGAAAGUAUACAUGUCCAUAAGGAAGCCGAAGUCGAAACGUUCCGGAAAAUCGAUUUCAAUUUUUAUUUUACAAUCGCCUCAUAUCACCACCGGAAGUGUUUUUGGGUCGUAGGUUACAAUCGAAGCUAAUCCAUGCACAGCUUGAUGAGGUAACAUCUUGCCGGACAUGUAGCCACACAUCUGAUCAAGGAUGGUAUAUCAAGAGCUAAUGCAAUCGUCCAGUCAUGUUACCAGUCUAGCUUCGUCCCUGUACCAGCUACAGCAGCGGGGUUACAUCUGCGACUGUACCAUCCAGACAUGCCAGGCAAACCUUAACGUCCACCAGGUGGUGCUGCUGGCAAGUGGCAGUCCUUACUUUCGAAAACAAUUGUGUCGAGUGACUAACACUGGUCAGGUGGAUUCCAGUUCUGUGCUUCUCAAGGAUCAGGACUUGUUUGUUGUUCAGGCUGUUGUCCAGUUUAUGUACACGGGGGAGAUGUACAUAACGCCAUGUAAUGUGGACAAAGUUUUCAAUGUGUGCAGUCUAUUGGGACUCGAGGAGGCUGUCAAACUCUGUCAGAUGUUCAGACAGACACAUAAAUGUAGUACUGACCAGGAAACAUUAAAGGAAACUGCAGAUUCAGGCCUGGAAUCUUCUAUGCUUAAAGAAAAAAGUUCUCUAGAGGUGCAAAAACAUUUUAGAUCAGAAAACAUUGUCCUACAGAAAAAUAUCAUAUCUCGUGCUGCUAAGAACGAUGUCACAUUCGUUGACAUGGCGCAACCUAACAUUCCUUCUUCAACUAGGCGUAGAGAGGGAAGUGACAAGGGGAAAAUUGAUACAAAUUUUAACCUUUCUAGAUCUGAUGAGGGCAACAAUGAUAACUCUGAUAUCCAAACUAAAGAAUUCUGUGAGGAUGAAGAUGGCAAACAAGAGGCAGAAUAUGCAGCCCCUCUUCUCAGAUCAACUGCAGCUCGAGCAAACAAACCUGACUCAAAAUCUCAACAGGAUUCUAUUAUUCUAAGGUCUCAGAAAGCAAAAUGUUCACUUACAAAAUCUGAUGAUGUAAAAACAAUACAUAAAGGGUUUCGAAGUGGAGAUGAUUUGAAUGACAAUAAGAGCCAAGGCAAAGGAAAACGGUUCAAUAAAAAAAGGAAAACUAUGGAAGGGAAUAUUUCUAAUGAUCUUGAAGAUGGAAAACAAACAAAAAUAUUAAGACUGACACCGAAAGGAAACAUUACUGAAAGUAAUAAUGUAGAAGAUAUAUGUAGGAGCUCAAGUGUAAGAUGCGAUCUAACAAAAACAAGUGAAAAUUUAACUCAUGACCAAACAUUUAACCCAACUACAAGCAACUCUGGCGAGAAGCAGAGAGGCCAGUCGUUUGUUUUGAACUUCUGUCGAUUCUGUACAAUCAGGUUUACGGACAAAGAGAAGUUCCAGGAACACAAGAAAGAGUUUCAUUUGUUUACAUGUGAGGUGUGCGGAUGGAGCAGUAACCGUGGCCUUAACCUAGCCUCCCACAUGUACAACCAGCACGCCAUCCACCACAAACCAGAGAAGUACCCACUCCACCGAUGUGACCAGACGGGUUGUGAUUUUAAAUCCAUCUUGAAGCAUAACAUUACUGUCCACAAAAAGAUCCACUCAGAGGAGCGCCAGUUUAGAUGUGACUUGUGUGAGGCAAGCUUCAAGUACAAGUCACAGUUAAAUUGCCACAGGAAGACACACAAUCCUGAUAACCUCCCCUUCAGGUGUGACGUCUGUGAAAAAGCAUUUCCUCGUAACUCCCUGCUGAAUGCCCAUACUAAAAACGUCCAUCAACGGGAUGAACUUUGUCACCUCUGUCCAUGGAAGAGUUCCUCUCGUCGAGAACUUCACAUCCACCUUUUCCGUGUCCACAACAUGCCUUUGCCUAAGAACUUCAAAAUAUUCCAGUGCAAUGUCUGUGAUUACUACACUUUCACCAGUAUUGGACACAGGAGCCAUAUGGACCUACACACUGGGAAGAAGUACCAAUGUAAGGAAUGUGGCAAGUUUCUUGGCACAGAAAUGCGGCUGUAUGUCCACGAGCGCAAACACAAAACUGAUGUGAAAUUUAAAUACUGCUCCUACCCUGAUUGUAGCUACAAAAAUAAGUCAAAAGCUUCAUUGAAAAUUCACCAGGACGCAAAACAUUCUGACUAUAAACCAUUCCUGUGUCACAUAUGUGACUUUCGCUGUAAGGUGAAGGGUAACCUGGACAAACACCUGCGUGGUCGUCACAACAUGGAGGUGAUGACUAUCACCAAACUCUGGGACAAAGUCAUGACAACUGGUCAAGGUUACAACAGCAUCGUCCAUCGGCUCAAAUCUUUCAAAAGUAGAGGGGCUAUUGGCAUGGCAAACGAAGGAGACUCAGAGACAGAAAUGGAUCAAAAUCUCAUAAUUAGGAAGGAAAGUAAGAUAGACAGUACUCCAGAAGGGUCAGAUGGACUCACUGGCCUUGUUGUGCAGGAGGGGACAUACACACAAGCAGACGCAUUUGUAGAUGGUGACAGCUAUAAACAAAUAAAGCAAUGUUUGGCUGAGGAGGAUUACACUGGAAUUCAUGUAACAAUUGGAGAAAGAGGCUGCACACAAAUGGUGACAGCGGUGGGAGAGGGUGAUAACAAACAGCAGGACCUGCAGCAUACAGCAGACAAUGAAAUAUUGUAUUCAAAUAUAGGCAUUUCCUUAAGUGCUAAUGGAUCAGAUCAAUUUGCAUUGGGUUUCAAUCAGAAUUUUUAACCUUCAUUAAUAUAUCAAUUAUUUGCCAGAUACAAUUAUUGAGCAACAUGUGAGGAUAUUGAGCAUGGACAGAAUAUUCGGAACGAUAAAUGCUGAUACAUAUUGUAAUAGACAUUUUCGAAGGAUGCAUGAUCCCAUCAGCUUUUCUGCAUUUUCUUGCUUGUUUUAUCCACAUGGCUGAUCAAGACGUUUGAUUUCAAGGGAAAGUUUCAAAACAUACAAUUUUGAAUGUGAAUACCAUAUCAGCUACCUCUGCAGACAAAACACUGGAGAAUUAUUAGAAAUUACGAUGGCUUAUUCCGCUUUAGGGAAUAAAUACGACAUAUUCUUGUUCAUUUUAGCGCAACUUGCCCAAAGGGCCAUAUGAGUUUACACCAUGGCACUUUGUCUGUUCAACACCUUUAUCUUUAAUUUGCAAGUUGUCCACUGAAUGGGGUCUGGAACAUUGUUAGGCCAAGGGGACUUGAAUUUGAACGAAUUGAGGGUGUGGCAGAGGCAAAGGAAUAUUUACAUACGCGUAAACCUUCUCGCCUGUACAAAAAGGUGGGGUUUUUUUCAAAUUUUAUUUGCAGCAUCCUUUGGCAAAUUGAAUUCAGUUUUGUAUAUAAAGAGCGUGUGGUUUUAAUGAGAGAAAAGGGGUUGUGUCCAAUUAAAGUACAGGUCAACCUUAAAUCUAUCUGAUAUACCAAACAAAGAGAUUUUAACCAAAAUUGCUUUGGACCAUGUUUUGGCCAAGGUGACUCGAUAUGUUUAGUAAGUGUGCCUACACCUUUGAGAUUGUUUUGGUAUCAAGGUGGAAAGACAUGCCACAUAUCUAACAUAGUAUAUAGAAUACAUUUAUAAAAUGCAAUACCUUUAUAUGCGAAAUAAAUCAAGGACUGUAUUUGGA